AUGAAAAUGGCGGAGAUCUAUAUUUAGUGGACUGAAUGAAGACUGAGAAAAUGCAGUUUGAAAUGCAAGUGUUGUUUGUGUAUGUGAUGCUGAUAAACCUUUGAAGACUUGUGACGUGUAAUUUGCACACGUCACGGCCUCAUGUGCCUCAACAGAAGACUGCAAUACAAGACUGAAGGCGAAAACCCACUCGAGUACAACUCUCAAGACUGAGAAGGGGGCAUCAGUGGGAGUCUGCCUCCUCCUAAAACAAUAACUAAUAACCUAGCAGAGUUGUCCUGUCGGCAUGGGCGACUCACGGGACCGCUUGGACUCGGAUGACGAAGCAGGCAGCGGCGAGGGCGGCGCGGAUGCUCGGGCCGCCGGCAGCGGGGGCGGCGGCGGCGGCGGCGGCGGCACGGGGGCGGGCUCCACGCAAGCGCCAAGCAACAACCGCCAGAUGCGGAACAAGGCGGAGAAGCAGCGGAGGGACAAGUUGAACAGCUUGAUCACCGAGCUGGCGCACCUGGUGCCCAUGGUGGCGCAGUCGCCGCGCCGCAUGGACAAGACCUCCAUCCUGCGCCUCAGCGCCACCUUCCUGCGCAUGUACCGCUGCCUGCCGCUGAAGCCUGGCGAGAUCCACGAGCCCUUUCUGCCCUUCCUGGAAACGCUGAAGGUGUCGCAAGUACUGCUAGAUUUCCUGCAAGGCAUGGAGGGCUUCAUGCUGGUGGUGACGGGCGCGGGCAAGAUCGUCUUCGUCACGCACACCGUCGAGAAGCUGCUGGGCCACACCCAGAACGACCUGCUGGGACAGUCGCUGUACAACAUCACGCGGCCGGAGGACCACGAGGAGCUGCGGCGCAACAUCGAGACGGCUCCCAGCGACGGCCGCGCCUCUUCCGCCGCUUCCGGCUGCUCGCCAGCGCUGACGUCCGACGAGAGCAGCUGUGAGGACGGCGCGGCCGGCGGCUCGACGCCCAGCAGCUCGCCGUCGGCGUCGCGACCCGGCACGUCGGCGUCCACGGCGUCGGUGGGCUCGUCGUGCGACGGCGGCCGCGCCGGCCUGGGCGGCCUCUUCGGCUCCGCGGGCGCCGCCGAGCACCACCGGCGCUCCUUCUACAUCCACCUGGCGCAGCGCGCCGGCGGCCGCGCUGCCGGCUCUGGCUCCGCCACUGCGGGCGCCGGCGGAGGCGGAGGCGGCGGGGGUGGCGCGGCCGGCCAGGGCGCCGAGCAGACGACGUACGAGCUGGUUCACUUCCUCGGCUACCUGCAGGUCCCGCGGUCACACGAGCCGCCGCCCGCCACGCACCGCCCGCGCCGACACCGCGACACAGUUCCAAGUAGCAACAGUGAUAAUGUCCUGGUUGCUGUCGUCCAACUGUUUCGGGAGAAAAAAGUCAUGGAGUUAUCUCUCCUGGAGGCAACACUGGAUGAGUACCAAACGAGGCAUCUAAAAGAUGGCAGUAUUGUGUAUUCAGAUCACAGAAUAUCUGUUGUGGCCGGAUAUCUGGCAGAUGAGGUUCACGGUCAUAAUGCAUUCACGUUUAUGCAUCAGGAUGACAUGGCAUACGCCUUAAUAGCCCUUCAGCAGAUGUUUGACAAGAAUGAGCCGUUUGGCAGUUCCACUUACAGGCUCGUUACAAAAAAUGGGCAAUACAUUUAUAUGAGAACAAGAGGCUAUUUAGAGUUUGCACAUGGAUCAAAAGAUGUGGAGACAUUUUUGUGCAUUAACACACUUCUGUCGAAAGAAGAAGGUGAAGAUGGGCUGCGGGAGAUGAAGCAGCGCUUCUCUGCUUAUGUCUCUGCACUGAGAGCUGCUGGAGCUGACUUGUCCUUGGCUGGCAUUGCCGCUGCUAUGAGUGCUGCACCGCCCCCACCCCGGAUGGUGAAAGGUUCUGAGCUUCCCAAACUGCCACCCCCACCCCCACCCCCACCACCAUCUUUGCAGCCAUCAUCGCCAUCACCACUGCCACCACCACGGCCACCACCACCACCACCACCACCACAACCACCUGCAGCAAUCACGUCAUUGUCAUCGCCUGAGAUUAUAACUAAUUCAACUCUCUGUGAAGUGUCUCCGCCCUUCACAGCAAUGGUGACAGAGAGAACAGCUAGCUCAGAGCAGAGUGCAGAUGUCUUUGGCAGUGUUUCACGCUCAGAAGCAGCAGCAAGCAAAUACAGAAACCAAGCACCAACAGCAGCUUCCAGAUCACCUACAGUGGAUCCAUAUCUUCCAGCAGCAAGACCUCGUGCAGUUUCUGAAGGAGAUGACACUACUGGAUUCAAUUUACAGAAUUUUGUAAGUCUCUUCAAGGUGCCUGAAGAGGAAGAAAAUAGUGUUGAAGUUCAGCUGUCACCUCUUGCCAAUAGUACUGGCAUUACCACAGACUUAGAAGAAAAAGAACAGCUCAGAAAUCCACUUUCUCCUUCAUCACCUCCAUCGAGGCACCCAUACACCGCUGCCCAGAGGAUUAGGGCAGCAUCAGAAAGUGAACUACAGACUGCCAAUAGUGGAUCGACUUUUAUUCAGUCAGAUCCAGCGAGCAGAGGGGGCAACUGGCAGUUUCCGAGGCCCGGAGACAUGCCUCAUUCGGGAACUACGGAGAGAAGGCCCCCGGAAAGACCUACGGUUAUUACCGGACGGUGCUGUGCUGGAUCUGAGAGGAUGAAGUGCAGUAGAUUGUCAGUUAUGUCAGUCACAGGAGAUGAGAAGAGGAUUACCAGUGUGCGUGGUGAAGUUACUGUGUUAAAAAGGACUAUGAGUGCAGAUGUAGAAAAUCCGAGCACUACAAAGAAACUGAAUGUUGGACCCCGGUACUGUAGGCAGCGGCACAGAGUUGAGCAUCCUCCUACGGAAGCUCUGAGUGUGGAAGUAAAUACACUUCCGCCCGAUGAACUGCAGCAUAUAAUAUUGUCGAGGGACAGUGGCAUGUACAAUUCGCAGCCAACAGUUCUCGUAUCACAGCACAGCCUGUUUCGGACAUCACAGCCAGCACUUCAGACUGUGACACAAAAUGUGCCUGCAUCUUCUUUGAGCCCCCCUCAAUUAGCCGAAAUGCAGAGCACGUCUGUUACACCACCAUCGUUUAUUAUGGAAGAACCUAGUGGCCUGCCUCUUGUGAACUUAAGUGAUGCCAACACAUUAUCAGUUGGUUGCCAGGAUCCUCUUAUCAGCCCUGAUCAUGGAGACAGUGACUCAUUUUCAUCUCUAGGAUUACCUGAUCCAGAGAAUAAUCCAGAGGUCUUAGACCUGUUAGAAGCAUCUGAACUGAAGCUAAAUUUUGACACAUUGCAAGAGGUGCGCAGUAGCAACGAACCAGAAGCACCUUCCGGACCGGAGACUGCAGUCACUCUGGAGCGCUUUCUGGCACGCAAACACCUACAACUCGAGUCGUGCAUGCAGCGACAGGAAACACAGAUGCACUGCAUCGAGCACGACCUGACUCAGCUCCCAUUGGCAGACCAUGUGUUCCGCUCAAACCUCACACAACUGCAGGCAAGUGGCCCGAUACAUGCCAGGAAGGAAGAGAGACAAGCUUCAAAAUUACACAUUCCUGUCCUCACACCUAUAUUUAUGAGGAACAACAUAAGAAGCACCAGAUACUGCUGAACAACCUCAAAGAAGACCGUUAUAAUAUACAUAGUAAUAAAAUCAAAAUUUGUAAUGUUAAGCAAGAUAUUGGUGUGUGAAGCAUAAUAGAUAUCACAAACCACACUGGAAUCAUGGGUGGAUGGUGAAAUUUGUGAAUUUUUUUAUGCAUACAUCAGAGUAAAUAAUAGUUUAUACACAGUUUAUGAUUUCAAGGAAGUGAUUCUAAACACUCAGGGAUUUCUGUGUAGUUAAGAAGGAAAGUUUGGUUGAUAUUGGCCAGUUUUUGCAACAUUGUUUUGUAGGCAACAUGUAUAACCAUUGAACAUAUAAAAACUUAUAACUUUAAAUUCUGUACAGCCUUAAAUUCAAACAUGAGCUGGAUUCAUCAUGAUAAUGUAAGUACUUUGAAAAAUGAAACUCCAUGUUCUGAAAAUGCAUAAACGAAGUACAUCUGUUUCAAAAUUUUAGUAAGUAUUACAUGCCAUGAUAUUUUUAUUAGGGGGAACACAUCUGGGGCCACAAAUUUGAUUAUUGCUUCCUCUUUCUACUAUCUUUCGUCCCUGAGUAGGUAGUACAUUGACUUCGUUUUUAUAGAAAAGGCUAAAAUGUUUACAAAAAGUAUCAGCUCAGUAUUUUUGAAGUAAGUGGGCUUUGUAAUCCCACAUUGACUGCAUACCUGACUGACACUGAACAUUUAUUAAAAUGAGUUGACUUAAUAUACAUACAUUGGAUAUAAGUAACUGUUAUAGUUUGUUAGUAACAACCUAACCCAAAAUGGAGAAAAGAGAAAUAACAUUAUAUCAUUAUAUAUCUGCUCAAUGUCAUUACUUACUAUAUAGCACAGCUUAUCUCCUCUAUCUUUGCAAGAGGAAAGAACUGGUGCAAAAGACUUUGCAUUUUUAUGUUAUUUUUGUAGUAUGGAAUUUUGUACUUUGCAUAAGUGUUUUAGUUUUGGGAAUUACCUUUUUACUCUCAUGUAUGCAUUAGAAUGAAACAUCUUUGUACCUGACUUGAAUUUUCUCAUACAUUGUAGACUGUUAAAAGCGAACUGAAAUUUUUGGUGUUAUUUCACCAACCAUCCGACUGAAUAUUUCAUAUAUAAAUUAAGACAGCACUAUGCGCAAUAUAUUCCACAAUUUAUAUAUUUCGAUACACAUGUUUAGAACCAUUCAGUCUGUCCAUAUAAUCAACAGAUCUCAAUUUGAAGAACUCACUUAAAACCAUGUUCCUGUCAUGUUUCCCUUGUUACUGUCCUGAGGAAAAUUCUUUUAGCAUUGUGCACUGAGGUACUGAGUUUUAUGUUAUACCCGAUGACAUGUAAAUGAUAUAUUUGUUAAAAAUAAUUUGUGUAUCAUUGAGAGAAUCAACUAGUCAGUCUGUAAGUACUUUGUAAUGCAGAAACAGAAAAGUCAAUGAAGUGCCUUCUGGUUGCAGAAGAAUAGUUUUAGUAUGUAUGACUUUGUUUUCCACCCAGAAACUCCAGCUUUGCUGUUCAUCAUACAGUCAGUACUAUACCAUCAUGGAAACUUCAGUGCCCCUACCUUGCUUAAUGAAGAACAACUCCUCAGAGAUUACCAGCAAGAUCCUAUAGUGUGUGUGCCAAGUUAAGAAAAACUGAUCAGUGUUGUUUAGUGGUCCUACCUGCAAGUUAAGUACAAUGACUUCACACAUAAAUAUCCCAGACUUGAGUUGCGUACCUCCUGUCCUAAGUGACUAAAAAGACUGUGGUAGUGAAGUGUGAGUGAGUGAAAUUGUUUUAAUUGCACUGGAAACAUUUUAUUUAAAGGGCAAUGAAUAUACUAACUGCUCAAUAUGAUCGACAUAGACUGAUUUCAAAAAGACUGAAAAUGAUAAUAUUUAACACAGCAGCAAAUGUAUAGUGAGCUUUUUGCUCUGUGUAUUCAAAAAGUUGCAUUUGAUUUGGUUGGAGUCAGAGGCUAGUGGUUAAUUUACUGUUUAAGAGAUUUUUACAAGAGAACUUUUAUACAAUGGAGAUUAUAGUACAUCGUAUAAUACCUCACUGUGCAAUACAUUAAAGUUAUGCUUGUGAAAAGGAAACAGUAAGUUUUGUUCUUGUCUUUUAUGUCAGCUGUUAUGCUGCUUUAUACACGUUCUUUUUGUAUAAACUGAAACUGCCUAAAUUUGAUAGUAGUUGUACGACUGACAUAGCAUUAGACAAUUCUUGUAAUGUAACUUACGGCCUUGCCUCAUCCCGUGUCAGUGCUUUGUGUUCUUGGACACUCACCUUGUUGAUUAUUCACAAGCUGUUGAUAAUAAAUUCUGGAUUAUAAUAAUUUGUGUCUGAAAAGAUCUAUCCUUCAUAAUGGAAUUGUAGUUGUCUAUAUGAAUAUCUAAAAUUUGUAAUGAUUGUUUGCUCAUUUACCUAAAGAAAAUGAAGAAAGGACAACAGUUAUGGGUGCAUUUAGUUGUUUUAUGCACUUACCCCUAACUACAGAUGUAAUAGCUCUCAAAUGGCACACAACCAUACAGCCGUAAAGUUUUCUGGACCAUUGCAUGACUGUGUGGGUGAACGUACUAAGGGAAAUUGUAAUUAAAACAUGAAAAAUAACUUUCUUGGUGUACAUUGUAAGUAAUCAUAUUGUCUCAAAUUUUGACUGGAAGUUAUUUUCACAUUCAUGUCAUGUGGAUUAUGUAAAUUGUAGUGUCAAGAUAUAAUUUAGAAAUUUGAUUUUUAUGUUUCUCUGUAUUCAGAAAUUGCAAAAAUAUGAUUAUUUAAUGUACAGGAAUAUUAAAAAAAAUUAAAUUUGCUAUUUGUCGUGGGUAAACUGACUGUGUGCCUUCCAGUAAAUGUUCAAUUAUUUUCAAAUGACUCAGUGCUUGGAUGAUUAAAUAGUAUUUACUCAUCUUGAAAAAUCAUAAACAGAGGAAUAAUUGUAUGAGAGAGACUUUGUGAAUCCUUUUUGUUUUAUUGUUGAGUGUGAGUAAUGAUAUGUAAUUGUAAUGUGACAUUUUUCUAGUAUAUUAAAGCUUCUGACUCCUAGCCACAAAAUCAAAUUGCUUUGUUAAAUGGAAAAAAUCAUUAAUAUUAAGACUGUUAUAAUUAUCUGUUAAAAAGUCUGAAUAAUAAAUAAAAUUUUAUACCAUUGACCAUCAUAUUGGAUUUUAAAACAUUCUCUAUACGUUGACAUUAAUGUAUAAAAUUGAGAUAUCUGAUAAUUUUGUAAUGGACUGUGAUGUAACAACUGACAUCCUUUUUACGUCAUAAGUUUGAAAUGCAGAUGUAUAUUUCACAUGAGGCCACAUUCUACUAGCUACCUUCGGGUUCAGAUUCCUGGUGUGAUGAUGUAAUUGUCAUUCCCUGGAUAGAUCUGAAGUUUUUGAUUCAAAUUUUCUUACGAAUUGAAGGAAAUACAGUGCCCAUUUGUAUAAUGGGAAAAAAAUAUUUUGACUGUUGGACAGCAGAUAAAGUUUAAUGGAUCUUUCUUAAAAUUUUUAAAGAAAUGAACAGUUCACAGGUUGUGUAAAAUAUUUCCUUUAGUACUCUCUUGUUUUGAACUAAAUAGUGGCAUAAGGUUGUAUUUGUUAUCACAAAGCAAAUGUGUCUUUUUUUUACUGUAUCAGGAACAACAUCAAUACAGGAAUGAUGAUUUCAGUAAGUUAUUGACUAUAUCGCAUUCAAACAUUAUCAUCUUCAGUAUUGAUAUUGAUGUGUGGUGAAUUCACAAAGAGACAGAUGAAUUGGAUAGUAUUUAGCUUUGGGAAGUGCAACUCCUGAAACAUCUGAUAGACACACAUAAAAGUGUGUAGCCAUCACUGUUAGCUUUUGGAAGCACAGCUUUCUUCUUAAGAACAGGAAAAAAGGAAAAGCUGAGUGAUGUUGGACAGACGGUUCUUUUCUUUUCUUUGGGGUGGGAGAAAUCAUAACCCAGAUCAAUGUCUGUUAAGGAAAGGAAGCAGCAGUGAAGAAACAGGUAUCUGAAACCAUAUGGUUCUGGAGAGUAGAGGUAAUUUCUUUUUAACAAUGUAGUAAAAGACAUAUUGCUACUUACCAUAAAAAAGAUACAUCAAGUUGCAGACAGGUACAAUUAAGUCAUUCAUGUAUAGCUUUCAGUCACAACCUUCAUCAGUAAAACACACACACACACACACACACACACACACACACACACGCCGAUUCAGGCCCAAGAUGCCUUAGUUGGUGGCCGUGUGUUUGUGUGAUGUGUGCUUGCUUUUAGUGUGUGUGUGUGUGUGUGUGUGUGUGUGUGUGUGUGUGUGUGUGUUUUUUUUUUUUUACUGAUGAAGGCUGUGUCCGAAAGCUACAUGUAAGUGUGCUUUAAUUGUGCCUGUCUGCUACUUGAUGUGUCUUCUUUACAGUAAGCAGCAAUCUGUCUUUUCGUACAUUGUUGAUGUUCUUACCUGGAGUUUUCAUCUUUUGGUAAUUUCUUUUUUAUUUCCAUGUGCGUCUAUUCAGCAACUUAAGAGUUACGCCUCCUGAAGUCAAGUGACAGUCACCAGCCUCUUUGUGAAUUUCUUAAAUCUCUAUAUGGAAUUUUCUUGUUUAUAGUAUUUUAAUAUAAGAUGUGUAAUUUUUUUCUUCAAAUCAAUUCAUCUAUAUUUUGUGUCGUCGACUUUUUGAGGGGGGAAAAAUAAUCACUUGCCCCUUUUUUAAAAUUCAUGUUAAGUUUUCAUCAAAUUUGGAAGUGCAGAAUUUUUUCUUAAUUUCGUAAUUCUGUAUAUCCACAUUAUUGUGGUUUGUAUAAAUUUACGAAGUUUGUUUACGUUAUGAAGAAGACUUGAAACAUUUCUGGGUAAGUGAUUUCUUUUGACCAGUUGAAUACGUGUGUGUGUGUGUGUGUGUGUGUGUGUGUGUGUGUGUGUGUGUGUGUAACGCUUUCAGUAAACGAAGAAGACAACAUUGCGGAAUUAGCCCCAGCAAUAUUUUUUAUGUGACAAAGUACGCCAAUUGCGUUAAUUGUAGGUGGCAAAUAUACUUAAUUGUGUCUUGUUUUGCUUAACUCCAUACUAAAACUAAUAUAGUUUCAUUGUUAUGUCUUCAGCCUCCAAUAGGUAUAAUUUUUUUGGCUGCUUAAAUAGUGUGGCAGAAGCUCAAUCUUCAGUAACUGAUUACUUUGUUUCAUCCUGAUAAUGCCCACAUUGACAUUUUAGUAUAUGGUGCAUCCUCACUAGUUCUCUGAAGAGAAUGCCGUUAUUAGCUGUAGUGUUGUUUUAAGCAUUCUUUACUUAUUAUUGUGCUGUUUUUAUCUCUUAUUUUGAGAGAAUAAGUACUGUUAGUUUAAAAAUUGUUGGUCAGCUUUAUGAUUCUGCAUAUAUCAGCUGUGUUGUUACAGUUCUAUAUAUAUGUCAUAUAAUGACUGUAUUAUUUGCUACUUCCAGAGUUUAUUAACAUUCCUUCAGAAGAGAUUGCUGCCUUUUGGUUCUGUCUUCAUUAAUUCUUACAUUGUGUUGAAACAAUUAAUGCAACCAUUCUGUAUGCCGGUGAGUGCAUUAUGCGGUUUUCACAUGCUGUCAACGUAUUCUUGCUGUAUUGAACCACUAAGUGCACCAACAAAAAACCAUGAAUGCCAGGUCCAACAUAAUUAUACUAUUUGUCCUUUGAAUAGUAAAAUGUUAUUGCCUGGGUCUCCUGUCUCACUUACCAGUAGUGUGCAACUUGUCCAUCAAUUAUUGGACAAUCAUCAGGUUGUCUAAGGAAUAUCAUGGUUGUUUAAGCAACACUUAAAACCUAUUCCGUUCAUGUCAUAUAUAAAAUUUCCUUAUGUCAGUAACUGAGUGUGUUUUGAAACUAAUGUUUUUGUGUGUUCCCAUGUCUCCAUCUUUUGCUCUAUUUUUCAUUGUAAAUUUAAUUACUUUUGUGAAGUAUCGCGUGAUUCAUAAGUUGCAGAGGCUUAUUGGAAGUACAUUUUGCACAUGGAUUUAGUCCUUGUAUGUAACAGUGGAUAAGAUUAGUAGAUGAAAAGAGAAACAUAGGACACAAUUUCUGCCACAUCUUUCUAAACUUUUUGGUUGAUGAUUCAUACUGCUUUUAAACCUUACUUAAGUUGUUAUGUUUGACUUUUAAUGUAAUGUGAUAAGUUUAUUUUGUUAUUGGCUUGCUGAUCUGCCCAUAUUGGUUACUGCUUAUUUUGGACUGCCAAGAUAUUACCUGUGCUCUACUAUGAUUAAUUUUCUCCCUUAAAAUCUAUAAAUUAUGUGUAAUCUUCCUUUCCAAAUAUGUCCACAAUAGUGACAUAGUGCAUGGUACAUUUUAUGGCACAUAGAGGAUUAAUUUAGGACUUUUUUUUUUAAUUUUUUUGUUGUUGUAGUUGAUAGUUACUGGGGUAAAUUAUUUGAUGCCAUUCGUACAAUUAACUAAACUACUGUAGUCUCUGGUGAUAUGCUAUGUGCUACUUAACUCUUAAUUGGUUGAUCACUUCUGAUUACUUAGGUACAUACUUCUUGUCUGCUAUAACAAUUUUUGUUUUUGUACAAAUGGGUGUUUUUUAAAAAAAGUGUCUUUGUCUACAAAGAACUCAAUCACCACUCAGUGACAUUACUGCAUGUUACAUGCAUUAUAUGGUUUUUAAAUUAUUUAUACAGGUGAUAGGAAUUUAGUAAAUGCAUAAUGCAUAGUUUUGUUAUAAACUGAUGUCCAUUGCUAGUGUGUAAAUUUCAGUCGUGUAACCUUUGCUAGAAAAUGCUGACAUAUGGUUCGCAUUUUUGAUAUUUAGUUUUGUAUAGUUUUGAUAAAAUUUACACAGAAAUUAAAGUUUUCCUAUUGUAAACGCAGCUGAAAUAUUUUUGUAAUGUAAAUUUAACACGACUGUCCAUAAGAUCGAAGUUAAAGGUUCAUUCUGAGAGGCCUCAUGUCAAAUAUACACAUUUUACAUCACUAGCAUCUCAGGCUGGGAUUUCAGCUUGCUUGUGUAGUCUGUGAGUUCAGUGAUCAGAUAUAGAUGCUACUUGUAGCUACUGGGUGAUGGGCUAUUCAUCUUGCUUUUGUAUUAUAAACUGUUUGUGGUCAUGCCCUUGCAUUUUUCAUCAGUUAGCAUACCAAAAAAGAGCACAAAAGCUUAAGCUUGAUUAGAAAGAUAUUAUCAGUUUAUUUUGCUUGUAGAGAAGAUAUGUUGUGUACAAAAAAUGUAGAUAUGUAAAUUGAUAACUCAUAAGACCGAUAAAUGUAAAUGCUGUAUAAUCUUUCUAUAGGCUAAGAGAUACAUUAGAAUGGAAUUCUGUCCAAGAUAUCCUAACUUUUUUAGGCGUGAUGCCAGGAACAUUUUAUUGGAAGCUUCUCUGGAAAAAAAGAAUACAGGAAAACAUUAUCUGAAACAUUUCUGAUGCAUGCUGUAUUUUACGUCUGUUACAUUUUCCACGGUGACUGUUUAAUUCUUGUUAAUCUGUGUACUGUAAUUGUAUGAGUACUGGUAUAUAUAAGACUGAUAAAGAACUUUAUAGAUAUUAACACUGUUUGUAAAUAACAUAGUAGUUCUGUGUAGGACAAAGUUUGACAUGUAUAAUACAGUGGCCAAUAUUGGUUUCUUAUGAUUGUCAUUAAAUUGUGAUUGUA